UGUCUCUUUACGAUUUCAAUUCUGUUGUAUAUCUUAACCAGGUUUUUGUUUUUCAAUCAGUAAUUGUGUAGGUAUUUUUAAUUUGCCUAUUAAGUCUGUGAGGGUCAAAACAAUAUAUGAUAUCGAUAAUUUUCCUUCACAACUUUAAGAAAUUUCAAGACUUUAUGGACACCCUAUAUAUUAGCCAAUAAUAGCCAAUAGCGGAGUUAAAAUCAUCAAGAAGCAUGGUGAAUAACUUUAGUUUGUGAUAUUCUAAUAUUGGUAAUAAAGGGAAAUUUAUUUAAAUUGAUUUUGUAGGCUUUAUUCGUUUGGACACUAUUGCUAGAAUAAUAUAGAAAAACAAGAAAUUAAAAAAUGUCAUAACAUAUGGUAGCAAGAGGUCAUGGUCAUGGCGAGGAUUGAAAUUUGUUCAAAUUUGUUUUAUAUGUGGAGAGCAUCCAGUUCAGUAAUUUGAAAAUGAAGAAGAUUUACACAAAUUUUUGUUAGCUCAAUACCUCAAUGGCUUUUCGCAAUCUGACCUAUGGAAGAACUUCCUUAUUUCUGAACAGGACCCAGCGACCCUGCCAAUUUAAAAAAACUAUAUUUUCAUGAAUUAAUGCGAAUAUUAGCAAGGAAAAAGUAGGCAAAGUUCAGGACUCAUCAGAAUACUACCAACCAACAAAAUAGCAACUAAUUUGUUUCAAGACCAGUAUGAACUAGUUGUUCAAUUAUUCAAAUGUCAGAUUUGUAACAAAGAAGUUAUUAUGCUCCUACACAAAUGACAACAUUACAAGACAACAUGUGACGCAUGACAAGCAAUUAUCUUGAAAUCAUAUUUCGCCCACAUCCUUGAAUAAUAAAAUAAAUAUAAGAUUAUUACGUAGUAGCAACCACAGUGAGGUGUUUUAUAGUCACUGAUUCAUAUUAACAAGGAGAGAUUCUGAAUGUAAAUCAGAAGCUUGUUACAUCGAGUGUUGAGACAGGUCUUGUAUUUUGUAAGUGGGAUCUAUAUCAGUACUGUGUAAUGGAUUAAGGGACUGGGGGGAAAGCAUAGAGAAGUUUAAAGAAGUUUCUGAAGAUAAACACAACAUGUGGAAACAAUCAAAACUCUUCAAUUGCAAAUGGUUGUUUAUGCAGAUAAUUGCACUCAGCAUCAGUUUGAAUGAAGCAGUGCGAUGCACUGAUUGUUCACCUACAAUACUCGAAUCAGAGAGCAAGAAUAUCACAUAUGGACCAGGUAAUGAAUACAACUGCAACUGUGAUUGGACAAUACCAACAAGUAUUGAGACAGAUCACGAAACAGCAGUUGUUCUGUUGUUGCAGAAUGUUUCAUUGCCAAUGACAACUGGUACUGGAAGUAUAGAAUGCUCUGCAGAAAUCAGAUUCCCAAACGCUGGUUAUCAUAAAUGUGAUUUUUCGAGCAUCUACUGUCUUGCAUUUGCAACUGCAUCAACCAUUUGCAACAUCAAUAAAAUCAGAGAGAAAAUUUUAGUUGCAAAUUACACCUGUGAUUCAAUCAUUCCCUGGAAUAAAGCUGGAGGAAGCCCAUACAAGAUAUCAUACUAUGCAAAAAACUUUCGGGGUUACACAAAACAUUUCAGAAUACAAUAUCUUGUGAUCAAUUGUAGACCAACAACCACAUCUCUACUAACCACAGUACCAGAGCGAGCAACAACUCAUUCAGAAGAAACAUCAUCCUAUCAAAUGCUGUAUUCAGACUUGGCAACUGAAAGGAUAAAAACAUUAGACAACACUCAAAACACCACUUAUGAAAUUGAAUGCACCAGUUCCCAAGCAUCACUGAUCAUUGCUAUUCCAGUGUCGGGAAUCAUGGGUUUGAUCAUUGGAGCUUUGUUGAUGUUCAUAAUACCAAGGUAUUGCAACAACCACAACAAGAAACCAAGGAACAAAGAUUCAAUGGAAAUUGGACGCAUUCAACAUCCACAUCCAACUGUCGAUGAACGAACCACAUAUGAAAACUACACACCAACAUCAGAUGAAAAUGGAUAUGAAGUUCCGAUUCAAGUUGAUAACAAAAAUGAACAACAAUAUGAGGUUGUGAGAAGUGGACGAGAGUAUCAAUAUGAAAAUGCAUAAAUGAGUAGAAUAAGUUCAUCUGAACCAUUUUUUGUUCACUCUCAUAUUUUGGAAUAAAGAUAAAUGAGUAGUGGACCUCCCCAUGAAAAAAGCAUUUCCAGACUUUACUAAAGCCAUAACAUUUAUUAAAUAAAGUUUAUUACAAUCAGACUUCAAAUUGCAGUAAUAGCAACAAUAUCAAAUACCAAUUUACUUUUCAAAAUAUUUUAUAAUUUAUUGUAUUUUCAUAUUAUGUCAGGGGUUGUUAUCAUUACUCUUUCACAUUAUAUAUGGCAGAAGAUACUAGGGAAGGGGUUUGAAUAAAAGUAGACUUUCACGUCCAUCUUCCCACACAUUUCUCCUUAUCCGGUAAAAAAGAUUUUCUUAAAUUCCCAUUUUGAACCCCCAUUUCUUUUGAGAAUCUCGGCUGCGCCCAUGCUUAUAAAUAUUGUCGUUUUUGAAUUCCGCCUACGCCAUAUUUCGAGGCUAUACAGUUGUCAAAUUUCAUUGAAGAGUUUUUAAUUUGCUUUUUUGGACAGUUACAAAUCAGCCAUGUUAGGAAUUUGAAAAG